GCGCCCGUUGGGGGCCUUCGGGGAGAAGGGUGGGAAGAGGGUGGGAAGGGGGAGUCGUUCCCGUUUGGACGGGAGGAAGGGAGGAUCUGCUUCCCGUUUGGAGUGAAAGAGGGGGGCUCCCCCACCCGGCCGAGGGAGCCCCAAGGGCCGGGCCGGUCCUUCUUCCACCGGCUCCAUGGCGUUGCCAGGUGGUAACAAGGACAACAUCAGGGCGGGAUGUAAGAAAUGUGGCUACCCCGGUCACCUGACGUUUGAAUGCCGGAACUUUCUCCGGGUGGAUCCCAAAAGGGACAUCGUCUUGGACGUCAGCAGCACAAGCAGUGAGGAGAGUGAGGAAGAGAAUGAAGAGUGGAACAAGGUGCAGGCUUUGCCAGACAAAAAGGGGACAAAUGAGGAGGAAGAAAAGAAAAAGCAGAAAAGAAAAAGCAAAGAGAAAUCUAAAUUGAAAAAGAAACGGAAAAGGUCAUAUUCAUCCAGUUCUACUGAAGAAGACACCCCAAAACAAAAGAAGCAGAAAUCCCAGAAGAAAGAAAAAAAAAAGGAGAAAAAGAGCAAAUCAAGGAAAGGGAAGCAUCACAAAAAGGAGAAAAAGAAGCGCAAAAGAGAAAAACGUUCAUCUUCUGAUAGUUCCGAAUCUUCUAGUAGUGACUGAGAUAUUAGCCUAGGCUGCUGCCGGUGUCUGAAAGACAAAAGAUGAUUUGACCUUUUUCCUUUGGCUGCAAAUUAUGCUUUCUCUUAUCCACCUACUUCCCCAGCUACUUGCCUUCAGAAGCCCUGCACUACGCACCUGUAUAGUCCUACUUUCAAAAGGAAAUGAUUCUUUUCGAUAGUGUUCACUCCCCCUGUUCUUUCUCUAAGUGGUUUCUCCAUAAACUUACCAUAAAUUGAAAUAACUAUUUAUCCUGGUUAGAGCAGUUUUUUGCUAAAUGAAGUCUGUAUCCUCCCUGAAAGGAUUCAAGCUCUCAGUGGGAUUUUUGAUUUGACCCCUGUGCCCUUUCCUAUAUCAUUGUGAAACUACAUAUCCUUUUCCGCAUAAAUAUCGUUCCAGCGAAGUUUCUGUUUUUCAAGGGACCAGACUUUGUGAAUGUUUUAGGGCAAUAUGCGGCUUUAUCGGCCUUGGCUAGCCCUCUUUUUAAACUAGUAGUUUCGGCGGAUAUGUUAACGGCAUGUACAUUAUAUGACCGAGUUUUACCGUUUGUGAAACGCUAGCCUUUUCGAUAUUUUUUUGUUGUGUAAGAAAUCUAGCCCGUGACCGAUAUUCCCAAUCUUGUUCUAAAGUCGGCAUCUAAAUGGAGAGAGAUUAAAAGCAGUGGCAGGAACAGCUGUGAGGUUUGGCAAACGUGCCAUAUUGGCAUUUGUAAAAAUGGCGCUUCAGCUAUGAACAUUUUUGUUUAGGAUGAAAAAUGAAAUCUUCUACAUUCAGGUGAAUUUGUAUUGUUUGCAGUGUCAAAACUUUCUUCUGUUGGAGUAGUGAUAGUUUUUUUUAUAGAGGUAAUCCACCGUUUGUCUGACUUUAAAAGAAAUAUAUUUUGAAAGACAUUGGAUCCCGAUUUUUGUAGUCACCAGACUGGCCGAUUGCUUGUUAUUGUUCGUUGUCCACAAAACCAUCCAUAAAAGCUUGAGAGAAUUCAGAAAGCGUCUUCAAUUCAGACCGAUGUAAAGGAAAAAUAAAAUUAAGAGCUUUAUUACCGUGCUCUUGAAACCUAAGAUCCA